AUGAUAUAUUAUCCCUUUUCUCUUUUUCUUCCUAAUCUCAACCGUUCUCCAACACCAAGACCUCUCCUUUUCUCCUCCAUAUAAAUCAACCCCAGACCCCUAAGCUUUCUUGUACCGGAGAGAACCACCACAUAUCCUAGUCUCUGAGUCUUUGUAGUUAUUCAGCUUAGUUUCUUCCAAAAUCUGUAGUCAUGUCUCAGACAGUUGUCCUCAAGGUUGGUAUGUCAUGUGGAGGCUGUGUUGGGGCCGUGAAAAGGGUUCUGGAAAAAAUGGAAGGUGUAGAAUCAUAUAAUAUUGAUUUGAAGGAGCAGAAAGUGACAGUGAAGGGCAGUGUGCAGCCUGAGGCAGUUCUGCAGACAGUUUCAAAAACUGGAAAGAAGACUAGCUUCUGGGAAGCAGAAGCACCAGCAGAACCUGAAGGAACGACUGCAGAACCGGAAGGUAAACCUGCAGAACCUGAAGGAAAGCCUGCUGAAGCUGUGGCUGCAGCUUAGGAGUCACUAAUUGCCUGGAAGAGUGUAGUCUAUAAACCACUAGUAGUUUGCUGAACUUAAUAUAGUAUGAACGCAUCUGGACUAUGAAGUUUGUAAUGUACUUCAAAUAAUUGGAUGUGAGCAACAAUAAUUUCUUGGGUGCUUGGCAUAA